GCCUCAGGCUGGUGCUCCCCAGCACGCACAACCACCAUCCAACAUGCCUCCAACGUCCACUUCCAAAGCCACAUCAACCUCGUCUCCGACAGUGAACGUAAAGCUUCUGCUUAUCGGGAAUGCGUCUGUAGGCAAAAGUAGCCUGCUACUUCGAUUUUCGGAUGAGCAGUGGCUUCCUGAGGACGAGGCCAGUGCGACUAUUGGUGUUGACUUUAGAGUUCACAAGAUGGAGGUGAAUGGUCGCAAAGUUAAACUUAGUAUAUGGGACACUGCAGGGCAGGAACGUUUCCGAGGAAUAACGUCUUCUUACUAUCGUGGUGCUCAAGGAAUUAUACUUGUUUACGACGUAGCCAACCGUGAAUCCUUUGAAGCUCUUCCGAAAUGGUUCUCCGAGCUUGAGACAUACGUCCCAGAUACUGUUGUCAGGAUCAUAGUAGGUAAUAAGGUGGAUAAGGAGCAAUCUCGCCAAGUUCCUACUUCCGAAGGUUCUGCAUAUGCUAUACGAAGUGGAGCUCUCUUCGUCGAGGCAAGUGCGAAGACUUCAGUGGGCGUCCGCUCUGCGUUCCAAGACGUUGUUGGAAGGAUUUUAGAGACCCCGGAGCUAUGGGCUCCCGUCGAGGGUGGACGUGGACCCCCUAUUGCAAGUGCUAGAACGAGCGGAGGACAAGACGGUGACGGUAUGCCGGGAACUAUCAACUUGGCAGCCCAGAAACAGUCGCAAGAAACGAUGGUGCAAUGUGCUCGUGCUGAUUCUACUUGUGGUUUCUAAUCUUUUAGGUGUUAAUGCACACCACGUCAGCGUAUGACAUACACGUUGAUGAUGAGAGAAGAAGAUUUAUUAAUGACUGAUGUCCCGACGUACAUACAUGGUUCGUACAUACCAACAUUGCAUUGUAAAAUAUGACAUACAUGCAUACACUGACUUUUACUUACUGCAACAAAGUCAUUCUUGUGCUAUCAUCCAAUCACCCUGAUUUUCUGAUGUAUUUCAAUUUGGC